GUAUAGAUAUGUGGGUACCUAUAAUAAUGUAUGCAUACCGUUAGUCGGAAUAAAGCAUCAGCUGUGUUAACGUACUCUCGUGGUUUUAAUUAUCCAAAAUACUUCAUUGGCGACUUCGGAGAACAAGCUUAGCUAUUUAUCGCAAUAAUAGCCUGUGAGACGCGUGCGUAAUAAUAAAAAACAUGUCUAUCGGUAAAAUUCGCGAGUUCGACAUCGAAAAUGGCAGUUGGGACUUAUACUGUGAGCGACUCGAAAUGUAUUUCAAAGCUAAUUCCGUGGCGGACGAUAAGCAGUUAUCAACGUUAAUUGCGGUGGUCGGUGAUCAGUGUUAUGAGUUAAUGACUAAUCUAGCGAGCCCGAAAAAGCCGUCGGAGUUAACUUUCAAGAACUUGGUGGCAUUGGUGCAAAAACAUUUAAAGCCGAAGCCGUCUAUAAUGGCCGAGCGAUACCGUUUUCGGCUUAGAAGGCAGGCGGCGGGCGAGUCCAUAUCGCAGUACGUGGCGGAGCUGAAGAAGUUAGCGCGAACUUGCGAUUUUAAAGAAACUUUAGCGGAUAACCUUCGAGACCAGCUGGUAUGCGGGGUGAGUGGGGACGUUAUACGGCAACGGCUGUUUGCGGAAGAGGAUUUGACGUAUGCUAAUAGGGCGGUGACCUUGGCAUGUUCAUUGGAGGCGGCAGAGCGUGAUGCAGCAAUUAUGACGGGCGGCGGCGGUCGAGCAUUCGGAGAGCCCGCGGGAGCGGUGCAUCGCGUGGCUAGCGGAGACGGCGCGGGGCGCGGGGCCGGGCGGCGGCCGCCAGCGCGGCGCCAGCAGCGGGAAACAGGUUUUAGUGCGCGGGGAACAGCAGGAAGUAUAGGCGGUGCAACGCCUUGUACUGCUUGCGGCGCCACUAAUCAUUGUUUAUCGACGUGCAAAUUCAAGGAAUACAUAUGUAGUAUGUGUCGGAAGACGGGACAUUUACGUCGGAUGUGUCCCAAGAGGUCGACUAACAAUGAAAAAGCGACUCGAGGGCGCAAUGGCGGUCGGCCGCGGACCUAUUUUGUUACCGGAGAGGACAGCGAAGGAGAAGCGAGUGAAUCGGAAGAAGAGGAAGAAGCGUUGUACCGAGUUUCGUUAAGCCAAUACAAGCCGGUGAGUUUACCUAUGUGUGUAAAUGGACAACAAUUAAUAAUGGAAAUUGAUACUGGGGCGGCCGGUUCAUUUAUUAACAAAGAAACUUACGAAUUACAUUUUAAGAACGAGACGCUAAAAAAACCAAGUAGCGUGUUCAGGUUUCACGACCGCACAAAAAUGAAAACAUAUGGUGUAAUUACAGUGCCGGUAACUUAUGGUUCGAUUACAAAGACUUUGGACUUAUAUGUUGUAGAAAAUGGCGAAACCAGUUUGCUAGGCAGAGAGUGGUUAGCCGAAUUACGGAUAAAAAUACCGAUAAUGGAGCGUAGCCCGAUUAGCAAUGUCAAUUCCGUUAGCAGUGUUAAUAGCGAUUUAAAUGUAAUUCUCGACAGAUAUAAGGAAGUUUUCGAUGGGGGACUCGGGCGCUACAACGGUGGGACGGCCACGCUGCGCGUGCGCGAGGGUGCGGCACCGGUGUACCGGCGCGCGCGACCGCUGCCCUUCGCGCUGCGGGGCCGCGUCGACGCCGAGCUGGACGCCAUGCUGCGGAGCGGCGUCAUCGAGCCCGUUGACUGCGCCGACUGGGCGACUCCCCUGGUUCCGGUAACUAAGAAGGAUGGAGGUUUGAGAGUGUGCGCCGACUUUAAGGUGACGCUUAAUCCGGUUCUUAGAGUAGAUAGGUAUCCGUUGCCGAAAGUUGAGGAGUUAUUUGCUAACUUGUCGGGGGGAGAAUUAUUUACAAAAAUAGACUUGUCACAAGCGUAUAAUCAGAUUUGUUUGUCGGAGGAUUCAAAAAUGUUAACAGUUAUUAACACUCACCGGGGACUUUUUAAGUACAAUAGGCUUCCAUAUGGCUUAUCAUCAAGUUCGGGUAUAUUUUGUAGAAUUAGUGAGUCAAUAGUGAGGGAUAUUCCUAACGCUCAGAGUUUUUGUGACGAUAUUUUGAUAUUUGGUAAAACUAGGCAGGGCCAUUUAUCUACGUUAGAAGCGGUAUUGAAGAAAUUAAAGGAUUUGGGUUUAAAGUUAAAGAAAAGUAAGUGCACGUUUCUAGCCGACGAGGUCUGUUAUUUAGGGUUUGUGGUUAGCAAAGACGGGAUAAAACCCGACCCUAACAAGGUAGCGGCUGUAGCUAAAAUGCCACCACCAUCGUGCGUGACCGAAGUCCGAUCGUUCUUAGGUAUGGUUAAUUUCUAUUCUAAGUUCAUUCCUAACGCGAGCGAUAUUCUAGACCCCAUACAUAGCUUGCUAAGGAAAGGCGCCCGGUGGAAUUGGACCACAAAUUGCGAUGAGGCCUUUAAUAAAAUCAAAUCUUUAUUGAUAGGGAAGCGGAUACUAGCGCACUAUGACCCUAACAACCAGGUGACGCUAACGUGUGACGCAAGCCCGCGCGGGGUCGCCGGCGUGCUCAGCCAGCCAGACGGGCAGGGGCGGGAGCGCCCUGUGGCAUAUGUAUCAAGGAAACUCAAUUCAGCUGAGCAAAAUUAUUCGCAGAUACAUAGGGAAGCACUCGCGAUUGUUUUUUCUACUCAAAAAUUUCAUCAAUAUUUAUAUGGCAAGCGGUUCACUUUAGUAACCGAUCAUAAACCCUUAAUAAGCAUUUUCGGGCCGCAAACUGGUGUGCCAAGCAUGACUUCGAGUCGAAUGCAGCGAUGGGCAUUGCUAUUAAUGGCUUAUGAUUUUGACAUUCAGUAUGUAAACUCGGCGGGAAAUUGCGCCGACGCGCUGUCGCGGCUGCCUAUAGGGCAGAGUAAGGAAGUUGACCCUCCGGAGCAAUCUUACUUGCAUUUUGCAUCCGAUGCGCUUUUUCUAGACUGUAACGAAGUACGUUUAAAGACGGCUAAAGAUCCAUUGCUAGGUCGGGUGGUCAAUUAUAUAAAAAAUGGUUGGCCCGAUAGUGCGGAAAUUAGGGAAAUGCAACCGUAUUUUAAUAGGCAAAAAGAAUUGUAUUUGGAACUUGACUGUGUCAUGUGGGGGCAUCGUGUAGUAUUGCCGGAAGUGUGCCGCGAGAUGGUGCUGCGAGAACUGCACGAGCCUCACAUGGGCGUCGUGAAGACCAAAGCCAUGGCCAGGAGUUACGUGUGGUGGCCCGGAAUGGACGAGGCUAUAGAAGCGCGGUGUCGCGCGUGCGACGCGUGCGCGGCGGUGGCUCCGGCGCCGCCGGCGAGCGGGAAACAGGUUUUAGUGCGCGGGGAACAGCAGGAAGUAUAG